UACCCAUAAGGUUUCUUUAUUUAUUGCCCUUUCUCGUUCCCACUCAUCUUCUCAUCCAACAAACCCUAAAACUCUUCUCUCUUUCUCACUCAUAUAACCAUGCAGAUCAACUCAAACUCCUUCAACUACAUAUACUCUAGUGAGAGUGCCUGUUUGGAGGCCGAUGAUCAAGAAGAUGAAGAUUCUAUUAUCCUUUCUCUUGGCCCUCCAGGUCAAGAUCACCUCUCCAAACGCCCCAUCUAUCAACCCUCCUCCUCAAAUCAACUUGGCAACAAAAACCAAAACCCCAAUGCUAAAAAUGGUGUAACAGUGGCUCUCCAUAUCGGUCCACCACCAAACACUGACGAUCAAGCCGGCCCGAGCAACACUAAUGAUAAUGGUCAUCUAGUUGAAGGACACUACUGGAUUCCUUCACCCGCACAAAUCCUUGUUGGCCCAACACAGUUCUCUUGCACUGUCUGCAGCAAAACCUUCAAUAGAUACAAUAAUAUGCAGAUGCAUAUGUGGGGUCAUGGUUCACAGUACAGGAAGGGCCCGGAGUCUUUAAGAGGGACAAAAGCAGCUUCUUCCAUGCUCAGACUGCCUUGUUAUUGCUGUGCUGAGGGUUGCAAGAACAACAUAGAGCACCCAAGAUCAAGGCCAUUGAAGGAUUUUCGGACUCUACAGACACAUUACAAGCGAAAGCAUGGAACAAAGCCUUUUGGGUGCCGAAAAUGCGGUAAGCCUUUUGCUGUCAGAGGUGAUUGGAGAACCCAUGAGAAAAAUUGUGGAAAGCUUUGGUUUUGUAUUUGCGGGUCUGAUUUUAAGCACAAGAGGUCCCUUAAAGAUCAUGUUCGUGCCUUCGGAGAUGGACAUGCACCUCACACUAUUGAGUCGUGUGAAGUUGGAGAGGAAGACAACAUGGAUGAAGAUGAUGAUGAUGAUGAUGAAGAAGAUGAAAAUGGUGGUUAUAAUAAUAUCAUUAGUCAUGGUUUGUUCUAAUUAUGAAUGUAGAGUUUACGUUAUGUUAAGUAAUUAAGAAUAAUUAAAUUAAAGAGUUUUUUGUGUGUUUAUGUGGUGAGAGAGAGAUGGAGAGAGAGGAUGAAGACAAAGGAUACAGUGAAAGCCAAGGCUGUAAGCAUUUAAUGUUUAAAGUGCCAGUUAGAUUAUCUAAUCAAAUUACCUUUUUGUUAUACCUUUUAUUGUAGUAUAUGUACACGCAUAAAAAGGCACAUACAUAUUUACAAAUUCACACAGAUAAGAGAGAGAGAUU